CAGGGGCCGAAGAAUCCGCUCCACCGGGAGGCAGCCGGUGGGAUAAACCGUUGAACAACCACUGAGUUUUCUGCACUGGACUGGUUUAUACAUAAGAAACUAUGGGAACCCAAGAAUUUACUGUGCUCUAUACUCACCAAAAGCUGAAGAAGGCCAAAGUGUGGCAGGAUGGAACUCUGAAGAUUGGUCACUUAGGAAACAAAGCCAUUUUAUAUGAUGACAAAGGGCAAUGUUUGGAGAGCAUAUUUCUUAAGUGCCUUGAGGUGAAACCUGGAGAUGACUUAGAAGGUGACCGAUACCUUAUCACCGUAGAGGAGACCAAGGUUGCUGGAAGCAUAUCUGCGGCAACAACUGUCGUUAAAGGAGAAGCAAAUCCUAGGGGGUGCAUGUCCUUUGGCUGGUCCCAUGGAUGUCAGCCUGUUGGUUUAAAAAGGAAGUUUACUGGUUUUCAAGGACCACGUCAAGUACCCCCCAAAAUAUUUGUUACAGAAAGUGGGGGAUUGGCUACAUCCCUUGAGGCUAAGAAAGCUGGCCCUCUUUCUCUUUCUCCAUUUUAUGGCACAUCUCCUUUAUUUUCUACUGCUGGCCAGAAUGAUAUAAGAAACAUAUCAGCAGACCCUGGGAGCACUGUUGCUUUUGAGAACAGAGAGAGAAAUGGCCUGCCUUUCUCUUCAAUUGUCUCCACUCCGGCAUUCAAGAUUCAUCCAGAAACAAUAGGCCACCAAAAUUAUUUUUGCCUUCCCAUCAGUUCCGAAAACGAGCAUCCACAUUCUUUACUGACUGAUGAGCCAGUAAAAAGAGAUAGUUUGUCACCUCACCAUUCAGGAGUUUCACAAAAUAUCAGAAGCAAAGCCCAGAUAUUGGCUCUGCUGAAGGCCAAACCACCGGGCUUAUGUAGAGAACUGAGUUCUGAAUGUAGAGAACAUGAUCCCCAGGAACAGUCAUGCAAUAGUGUCACCAUUCUUCCAGAGCAGAAGUUCUUAGCUGAACAAGAAGAAUGUGCUGAGGGGCAGCUGGAAAAUUUAUGGUCCCAGCAGUCGUUGGGAAAUGGCACCAGAAAAAGGAGCCGCUGGACCAGAUAUUUGUCUUCACAGAGGUCGCCUGAGCUUGCUGAGACCGAAGAAGGAAAUAAUAUAACGGAAAAUGGGGGGAAAUCUAAUGAAGACAGUUCAGUAUCAGAUAAUCAUAAUCAGCUCUGGGAUCAAGAAGCAACAUUAGAAACUCCUGCCUUUAGUGAAAACAAUGGUUUAACUGUGACCUGUAGUCAGGUAGAAAAUGACACUGUACUGUUAGAAUCCGACAUUUCAGAAAAUAGUAAAAUACGUACUCAGCCAAAUAGGGCGAUGUGCCAGGAAGAAUCACUUCUCAUGAGAGAAAAUGCCCAGGAAGGGAAUUUAUGUGGAAUAGUUGAGGUGGCCUCUGAACCAGGGCCAGAAUCUGAAGAGCCACAAAGGGAGCCUUCUUCCUUGAGCAAUGAUUCUAGGGUCUCUGAUGACAUCACUGACACGCGUUUUAAAAAUAGUCCUAAUGACAAAGGGUUUGAUGGUUGUCCCGGAUUUAGGAAUGGUGUAGAGCAACCCCUGGUGGAGGUAACUUUUAAUCUGUGUGGCUUUGAAGGCAGUGAUAUCGAGGAGGAAUCACAGACGAGCCAUGAAAGGUCCCAGGAUUCCGAGGGCUGGGUAAAGGAGGCCUUGGCAACUUGUGGCCAUCCUGGAGAUCAAAGGCCAUGUGAGGAGGUAAGUGGUGAAGAAGUCAGCAGUGACCCUCUGCCUCUCCUAAUGUCGGACAGGGGCCAACCAACAGAGUCUCUCUCACAGUUCUGUGAUAAAACUCGUGCAGGUUUCUACCCAGGAACCUGGCGAACUGAAAAUACUGGGACAGUGGUGGAGCAGGAAUCUAGUGGUGAUACAUUAAGCAAAUAUGACCCAUCUUUUGAGUGGCCGGAUGAUGACAAGGUAGAGAAUGAUGAAGAGGCCAGUCAGUGGAAAGUCAGCCUUAAUAAUGACUUCGCUUCAUUUCCGAAUGCAUCUGAAAAUACAGAAAAAAAUGUACAAAUGCCUCACCUUUCCAACACAAAAACCAGUUUAUUUUCAGAAGAGUGUCCCCCUUUCAUUUUGGGGAACAAUGUGAAAGAUGAGCAGGUUUUCUUACCAUCAGUCUCCAGCAGUGAGGUUCUUGUCCAGCUACCAGAUGCUAAUCCGAGUCAUUCAGAGGAGCGCAUUGCCUUUGGAGAAUUGGAUACCCGACUCCCCAGUUCUUCACUUUACCUCGAGGGAACAAGGCAUCCUAUUUUGAAGGACAUAGAAGUUCCUACCCCUGAAUCUGAAGAUCUGGGAAGGAUCCGGGCCUUACCCCACAACCUUAUGGCAGUAGAAGCUGCUGGGGGAAAACUGCAUUCAAAUAGGCCUAAAAAUUCUUCAGAACUUUCUGGAUCCAUAAGUAAUAUUUCUCUCUUAAAGUCACUGUCUGCACACAGUACAGCUUUAGAAGGCUUGGAACUAAUGAGACGGGAAAAAAGUGCAUUCAAACAGCACCAAAGUCUACAGGUGUAUGGUCCAGAGAGCAGACCUGAAGCUGGGAAAUCAUUGAUGCCGAUAGUCUCACAAGCUGUGCCAGAGUUUCCUCACUUAAACCAGGAUUCUCCAAAGAUGCAAAAAGAAAAUGAAGUGGGACCAACUGAACCACUUGAAUCUCCAGAGUUCUUUGCCUUUGGAAAUGAAGAAAAGCCUGUCUUUGGAGCUGUUAAUCCAAAACAGAUUGACACAACAGCCUAUGAUCCUCAGCCUGUUGAGUUUCAAGGACACCAAGUAAAAGGAUCAGCUGCAGGCACCAUGAUGGUCAGAGAGCUCAGUACCCCAUGGGAAUGCAGUCUCUCUCAAGGGAGUGUCCAGAGUGAGAAUUGUGCAGCCAAUGCUUGGAUUAUGACAACACAAGAGCCUAGCACCAGUGUACAGACUGGCUUCUUACAGGCCAACUCUGUGGAGAGUGAUGUGACAGCAGCAGCAUCUGGGGGGGAUGUCAGCCACAGAGGGACAAGGAUGCUUCAUACUGCUCAUGGCAGCUGGAUAGAUACUUUGUGCCUGCAGAGGAUCCAGGGCAUGCUCCAUGAUCAGCAGCAGGAGGUAAGUGGCUCUGAGCUGUGCUUUCCAAGUAGGCAGAAGACCAAGUGUGCCUGUCUUCCCCAACGGCAGACUCACAUCCCAGCCAUCUUCCACUCACCUGCACAGUACAAGCAGGUUUUUACAGCUUGUCUCCUCGAACAUCUAAAUAUAAUGCUCUUUGGGUUGGCCCAAAGACUGCACAGAGCAUUGACAAAAGUUGACAUUUCAUUUUACACAUCAUCCAAAGGAGAGGACCUGAAAAAUGCAGGAAAAAGUGUGCCAUCCUGCUACCAUCAUCAACCUGCAAAGCUUGUCAUGGUGAAAAAGGAUGGUCCGAACAAGGGUCGUCUCUUUUAUGCCUGUGAUGGGCCAAAGUCAGAACAGUGUAAAUUUUUUAUGUGGUUUGAAGCAGCAACUCCAGGACAUGUAAUGCCAGGAGAAACUCAGCCUGUCAAGGUAUUAAAUGAUACUAAGAGCAUUGGCUUGUACCUGAGAAGUCAAAGGAUGCCCCUCUACGAGGAAUGCCAGCUUGUGCUAAGAAAAGGAUUUGAUUUACAGAGAAAACAUUAUGACAAACUAAAGAAGUUUGGUUCUGUAAAUUCUGAAUUUUAUAAUGAACCUAAGAGCAAGCUUUAUCUUAAGUUGAGUCGGAAGGAAAGUUCUUCAACUUAUAGCAAAGAUGACCUCUGGGUGGUUUCCAAAACCCUGGACUUUGAAUUGGACACUUUCAUUGCGUGCAGUGCUUUCUUUGGUCCGUCGUCCAUCAAUGAGGUGGAGUUGGUACCCUUGAAAGGUUACUUCCCUUCCAACUGGCCCACUAGUACGGUGGUUCAUGCAUUACUGGUUUGUAAUGCUAGCACAGAGCUGACCACUUUGAAAAAUAUCCAAGACCACUUCAACCCAGCUACUCUACCUCUGAUGCCAUCCCUGUUGACAUUCCCUUCAUCAACUGUUGCAGUUAGUGAGUGCAGAGUCAACAGGAGGAGAUUCGUUCCGCCAGCCUUCUCAAACACCAGGCCACCUGCCCAACAGCUCAGUUUGAGAGCAUCGCUGCAGUUAGCUCAGGAGCUAAUUGAAGCCUAUAAGCUAAACCAGGACCAGGCGGCCGCGCUGACUCAGAUAGCACGAAUGAUCGCAGCACACCCCAGUGUGGAAAGGACGGUGCCCGAGGAACCCAUACACCCCAUCACCAUCAUCCAUGGUGUUUUUGGAGCAGGAAAGAGUUACCUACUGGCACUGGUGGUUUUGUUCUUUGUGCAGCUCUUUGAGAAGAGUGAAGCUGCCACCGAAGGGAAUGCCAGGCCGUGGAAACUUCUCAUUUCUUCUUCCACGAAUGUAGCUGUGGAUCGAGUUCUUCUUGGGCUUCUCAAUAUGGGAUUUGAAAAGUUCGUCAGAGUUGGCAGUAUUAGGAAGAUUGCCAAGCAGAUUUUACCUUAUAGUUUGCACACAGGCUCUGAGAAUGAGAAUGAACAGUUAAAAGAGCUGCAGGCACUGAUGAGAGAGGACCUGACACCAGCAGAGAGAAUGUACGUGAGGAGGAGCAUUGAGCAGCACAAGCUGGGCACCAAUAGAACCCUGCUGAGGCAGGUCCGGGUAGUCGGAGUGACAUGUGCGGCCUGUCCCUUCCCGUGUAUGAAUGACCUGAAGUUCCCAGUAGUUGUGCUGGAUGAAUGCAGUCAGAUCACCGAGCCAACCUCUCUCCUGCCCAUCGCCAGGUUUGAGUGUGAAAAGCUGAUUCUUGUCGGAGAUCCUAAACAGCUGCCGCCAACCAUUCAGGGUUCUGAUGCCUCACAUGGAAACGGACUGGAACAAACCCUGUUUGACCGGCUUUGCUUAAUGGGUCACAAGCCAGUUCUGUUGAGGACCCAGUACCGGUGUCACCCAGUGAUCAGCGCUAUCGCCAAUGACCUGUUCUAUGAAGGCUGCCUAGUGGAUGGCAUCUCAGACACCCAGAGGGGCCCGCUGCUGGCUUGGCUCCCCACUCUCUGCUUCUUCAAUGUGCGGGGCCUGGAACAGUCAGAAAGAGACAACAGUUUUCACAAUGUGGCCGAAGCUGCUUUCACGCUCAAGCUGAUCCAAUCACUGAUCGCUAGUGGCAUUGCGGGCUCUGUGAUCGGCGUGAUCACAUUAUACAAAUCUCAGAUGUACAAGCUCUGCCAUGCGUUCUCUACCUCACAUUUCGAGCAUCCCGAGCUGCGGGCGGUGCAGGUGUCCACCGUGGAUGCCUUCCAGGGCGCUGAGAAGGAGGUGAUCAUCCUGUCGUGUGUGCGCACACACCGCCUGGGCUUCAUCGACUCUGAGCGGAGGAUGAACGUGGCCUUGACCAGAGGGAGGCGGCACUUGCUCAUCGUGGGGAAGUUGGCCUGUUUGAGGAAGAACCAGCUCUGGGGACGGGUGAUCCAGCACUGUGAAGGGAGAGAAGGUGGCGUACAACAUGCCAGCCAGUUUGAGCUGCAGCUGGACCGUGUCCUUGAGGAUUAUUUGCAAGAACAAGCAGGAGCGAAACAAAAGAAAAAGAAGGAAAAAGAGACCGAAAGAUGA